AGGAGUAAUGCUGACUUCAGUCAUGGUUAUGGGUGUAUCAACUGUUCUAGCUUUUCAAAGCGUCACGAAUGCCUUCAGACUACGGGAAUACCGAAGACCGACAUGCAGUGAAGAAGAAACUUGCUCAUACAAAGCUCUUGGUGUAGUUUUUGCAUUAUGCGAUUGUCCAGGUGAAGAAAAAUUGUGCCCAAAAGAGCCGGAAAAUGCUGUCGAACACAGAGGAACGCGUUAUUAUUUCUGUUCACCUCGGAUUGUACCAGCAUGUAAAGACGGUGAUAUAUCAACUACUGUCACUGGAAUACAAACAGCGAUUCAUUGCACUUGCCCUGAAGAACACGAUCUCAUCCAAGAACCAAGCGAGGAGAAGGGUGUCACCAGCUAUGCCUGUCGACAGAGGCGAAUCUGCAACAGCACAGAGGCGUGUGGAUUGAGAAGUUUUGUGGGCGAGAUGAGGUUGUGCGAAUGUCCGACGGGUACUACAUGUGUGUACCAAGAAGAAACCGACGGCCCAUUAUCACGUCAAUCAGGAAAAUGUCUCACGCUUUGAACUGCUUCCCCUUCCGUCGUUUGUUGUUCUUUCGCGUUUCUGAUCUCACUGUUCCGUGUACAUACUGCAAAACACAGGGUAUAACUGUCGGAGACGCCCUGGCAAUCGUGAUUUAAAAUUUCCUGCUGCAUUCGUUGCGUGUCGUGCAACACAGGUGUUCUGUUAUAUACUUAUUAUCAGCCAUUUUACAGUAUUUAUUUGCAUAUGUGUGUAAUAAGAGC